AUGACAAAUCCAAAAGGUUAUCGUCGCGGUACCCGUCAUUUGUUUGCACGCGAUUUUAAGAAAAAUGGACGCAUUCCUUUGGCUACUUAUAUGAAAAUUUAUAAACGUGGUGACAUUGUCGAUAUUAAAGGCAAUGGUGCUGUACAAAAAGGUAUGCCACAUCGAUUUUAUCACGGAAAAACAGGACGUGUUUUUAAUGUAACCCGACAUGCUGUUGGUAUUAUUGUCAACAAACGAGUUCGUUAUCGUAUCAUUGCUAAACGAAUCAAUGUUCGUAUCGAACAUAUCAAACAUUCAAAAUGUCGUGCUGAUUUUCUUAAUCGCGUCAAACUCAAUGAACAAUUGAAACAAGGAGCCAAAGAAUCAGGCAAGAGUGUACCACUUGCUAGCAUUAAACGUCAACCACAAGGCCCACGACAACAACAUUUGGUACAAACUGGAGGCAACAAACCACAAAUUGUUGAACCAAUUCCUUAUCAAUUCGUGGCUUAA